UUUUUGUCUUUCGAUAUGCAGUCACACUGGCAAAACCACAUUGUUUACAUUUAUUAUUUUUUAAUUUUAAAUGGAAUCUUUGGCCAAAUAUCGUUAUAGUUUGAUAGCAGGAGCGUUUGCUGCCGGUGGCAGCUUCUUUGGAAAGCUGCCAAGCCAUCUCAGUGCCCAGAAUCUGCUAAAUGCUUCAGAAUCCUCGUACUUGGAAACUAUAUUAAUGCGUGCUGCACCAUUGGCUUUAAUGCUGCUUUGCAAUGUUAGCAAUUUGCGUUGUUUUCUAAAAGCCCUGCAAAUGACUGAGCAAACAUUGACUUGCGUUGUCCUAACCGCCGCCUCCAAUUAUGUCUUAUCUUUUGUUUUAGGUGCGCUUGUAUAUAGGGAGCCAUUAACAGCAGUAUCCGGCCUUGGUAUAUUACUCAUAUUCGGUCUUUGGUUCCUUUGCGACGCCGGUGCUGUGGAAGGCCAUCAAAAGGAAACAAAAAAGGAAUAAAUUUAAUAAAAAUGAUUGUUUUUAAACUAGAAUACAAGAAGACAACAUCAAUAACAUCGCAUUUACA